GAGGAAUGGCAGUGGAUAUGGGUUAUAACGGUACGGUGCUGGUCGUGGAGGACGAAGGCGACGAAGCCGUCGAGAUACCGCUGGAGGAGGACGGUACACUGCUGCUAUCGACGUUGCAGGCCCAGUUCUACGGUGCGUGCGGUUUGAAAUAUCGCAACCCGGACAAUAAAGCCAUCCGGGGUGUGCGGCUGAGUGACAACAAGCUGCACCCGUUCUCGCCCGACUCGGGCUGGGGUGACCAUGUGUACAUAUGCGUGUUUCCGAAGGAAAACAAACGCAAAAGCGACGACAAGCUGGAAAAUUCAACACCCAAGACGAAGCGGAUCGAAAGCAGGAACCGCACGACGACGGACCUGAUCGUGCUGGGACUGCCGUGGAAGACGACCGAGGAAAGCCUUCGCGAGUAUUUCGAAACGUUCGGUGAUCUGCUGGUGGUGCAGAUAAAGAAAGAUUCCAAAACUGGCCAAUCGAAGGGUUACGGAUUUAUCCGGUUCGCCCGAUUCGAGAGCCAGAUGAAGGCGCUCUCGAAGCGGCACCUAAUCGACAGCCGUUGGUGUGACGUGAAGGUGCCUAGCAGUAAAGAUCAGACACAGCAUCAGAUGCCAAGCAAGAUAUUUUUAGGCCGCCUGACGGAGGAUAUCAAUUCGGACGAUAUCCGGGACUAUUUUAGCAAAUACGGUGAGGUGACGGACGUGUUCAUACCGAAACCAUUCCGGGCAUUCGCAUUCGUCACCUUUAUUGAUCCGCACGUAGCGCAGAGCCUGUGCGGUGAGGAUCAUCUGAUCAAGGGCACUUCGGUGUACGUGUCGACGGCGUCACCCCGGCCGGAACACGGUCGGCAUCACGGAAAAGGCCAGAUGGGGGGAAAUUUUUCCAACUACGAUGAGCGUGGCCGCGGGGGAGGAGGAGGAGUUGGUGGUGGAAGCGGCGGUAACGAGUAUCAUCGGGGUAGUGGUGGCGGGCAUGCGGUAGGUCCCCACGUUCCAGCACCGAACAAUAACUACCAUCAUGGUGGAGGAGGUGGUGGCGGCGGUGGUGGUGGUGGAAGUGACGGUGGUGGUGGACCCGCUGGGUACAACAAUCUGCAGUCGGGAAGUGGAGGUAGCCAACAGCAGCCUAUUUGGAACUACAACGAGUACACGGCACAGAAUCGACAAAACAACAGCAACAUUGAAUCGAUGCCGAACCUGCAAGCGCUCGGUAUCAAUUCGAGCGGUCCGAAUGGGCAGCGGGGAGGUGCCGUUGGUGGAGGGCUGCACGGUGGGCACAAUGCGGGGAUGGGAAACCAUCUGAGCGGUAGCGGUGGUGCCGGUGGAUCCGCUCCCGGUGGCACCGGUAACAAUGGGGCAGGGGUGAUUGGUGCCCACGGCGGACCGGCGGCUGGUAAUAUGAACUACUACCAGAUGCCAAUCAAUCCGGCAAUAAUAGCGGCCGCACUGAGCCAGUGGAGCAUAAUCGGUAACCAGAUGCACAACACCGCCCAGGGUGCGGGUGGCCCCGGUGGACCGGGUGGACCGGGUGCUCCCGGUCAGGCGAACGCGAAUGUCCCCGGUGGACCGGCCAGUGGACCACCGGGACCGAGUGGUGCGGCUGGUCCCGGACCAGGUCCAUCGGAACAGGAGUACCUGCCCUGGAACAGCACCGGUAAUGGGGCGCCAGGUGCUGGUGGGCCGGCUGGAAGGGUAGACCCGAACCGCCAGUAA